AUGAUUCGCGCUUCUGAAGGAACUGUUCGUGCACUUCCGCCAACAGCCAAAAAAUCUUGCGAAAAAAGACCAAUCUCAUCCAUCCUGGAGCGUAGUGAAAGCCUCGUGAAUUCUCAAAACAAAAGUGCAUUGUGUGGCGAUUCGUUUCAACAAGAUGUUGUUUGCUUUGUGAGCGUGACAAUACGUCUUUCUGGAAAAUUUUUGGCUCUUUGA